AUGUCAACCUCAUCUUUGGGAGCCACACCUAGUGAUGGGAGAGUGACCCAAGGUGCACACAGGGUGACUCAGGUCUACAGAGGGAACAGGGAAAACUCAGUCCCUCCAGAAAGUCAAGAAGGCAGUCAUCUUCCACCAGAAGCACCACCUCCAGCAGAAAAAGUACCGGCAGCAAAGAAAACACGUAAAGAACCCAAGACAAAAGACACAAACCUUGGGACUCAAACACAAAAUCAACCACCAGAACAAGUGUCAGAGCCAGAAAACUUAGAGAACCAAGGACAGGCGCAUAGUUCAGAUGAUCAAAAUCCAACACAACUGCUUUUACAGCAAGAACAAGAGAGACCCCAAAAUUUAAUUAAACUCAAGUGCAAGCCAAAGCGCAAAGCUCAGGACAGAUCAUUGAAGAACAAGCAAUAG